GCCUCCCUUUCAUCUCCUGCUUCUCUUCCUGGUACCACACGUCCACAGCGACCUCCUCGCCGACUCACCCAACCCACUCACCCUUACUCAAUCCGGCCCAUUCCCUUUUUGGGCCAGAUCCUCGCCCCGACUCCGGCUCCCCUCUGCCCGGAUGUCUCGCGCAUACACCCACCCCACUACAUAAACCCCUCUCCUCUCUGACAGCCCCACAUAGCCUUUCUUUCUUUCCCUUUUCCCUGACGUGCCCAGCGACGCCCCUCUUCUUGGCCCGAAGCUGCGUAGAACCGCUUCUUUGCAUCCCCAGACACCUACUUCUCCUCCUUGUUCUCUUAUUACUUCCGCACAGCCAGUACCCUACUUUCCACUUCCGCUAAUCCUCUUUUCCGCAUCCGUUCUUCUUACCUGCACACUACCCUUCUCGUCCCUUGAUUUCGUCCUUUGAUCGUAUGUCUUCAUUCCACAACUAUCACCGUACUCUCGUUUCUUCCUCUUCCUCGAAUUCUUCGGAUCUCCCCUCUUCAUCAUACAACCUCUUUUAGCCGUUUAGCCGCUAUACAUCUACCAUCCCCCUGGAAUAUAUCACAUCCUCAUAUUGGCACUCUAUCUGCACCUCCCUUGCCUUAUGAAUGUACUGCGCACACCACGAUGUCUGUCAUGUGGCUCAGCCAGGCGGUACACGCAUUUAUGCACUCCUCCAUUUAUGUACCCCUCCACGAUGCAUCGAUGCGUGCACUCGGUCCCUCCCUCUUCUAUAUAUCCUCGAAACGCGUCACUCCCCUCUAUGGUAAUAUCAAUCCCAUCUAUAAUUCUCCCUGUCUUCCUCUAUCCCCCUUCCUCUGACAUCAUCAUCAUCCCUUAUUCAACAACACCAGAUUGAUCGUUCACCUCUCCCCACUACUGAUCGAACUGCACGUUAUCACUAACUCGUCAACUCUAGCGCCCCGGCCUUUCCGUCUAUAUGAUCACCCGUUGUAACAGGAUAUCUCCUUUUACAGUACCUUCACCCCCUGGCGCGUACUGCUAGUUUUUCCGUCUAUACCAUUUACCGCAGAAAACUUUCGCCGUAUCGUACACCAUCUCUACUCGCCUCUUACUCACGCACAUCUUCCCGAUCACUCCGUUUCCAGAUUUCUUCAUCUCUCAGUGAGCCUUCCAAUGGAAAUUCUGACGGCAACCAAGCAUAACACGCACGAGUGGCUUAUCUCUACACGUAUUGGUAAAGGGUUCCUUUUCAGUGUUCAUCAAAUACAUCUGCCAAAUCCAGCACAUUUCUCGAGUUUCUCAUUUGCCUAUCUGAGCUACCUCUGCGAUGGAUAUGGGUCCCAGGGAAUCAGAGAAUGCUUGAUUUGGUAAAAGUUACGAUGAAGAAGUGGCGCUCGGACGCGCUGAAUUCGUGUCAUUGAGAAUCAAGUCCACAGUGAUGUUCUCGAAACGCCGGAAAACUCCUGUAGACCCUCUUGAGCGUCUACCUUGCCAUCUCCAUACUGGGUCAUAACAGUUUUGCUGUAUAAGCGCCCAACAAGGAAAAUGAUCAACAUUGCACUUUUGCGACGAGGGUCUGUGAACGUGGAUCAUGGUAGAUAUCCAUAAUCUGCUAGGCAGGAGGCCCACCCAUGUCCGUGAUAUGGGCUCCUAGGCCAUGAUGCAGUCUUUUAUCCGAGCCAUAUCCGUGGUCUUAUAUUGGCUGGGUGGAGGCAAUCUGUCGCCUUGCACUGGCCUCAUGUACGAAGUCGUGUCCUCGAGAUGGGCCCUGAUCCUUUCUGUACAUCCUCGCACAUCGAUUAAGAGACCGAAAAUAGCUUGUCCUGAUGCUUACAAUACGCAAAACACGGGAUAAAAAAACGUCCCCCUUCUCUCGAGGCGAACGCCCACGCGGUCCGGGAUCCCAUUCACGCCCUUUGCAGCAUUGCAUUCCACAGUCGUACCCUCCCAGCGCAGUAUAAUCUCUUUGUUAGUCGUUUACGAUGUGACCACCUGACAUCCAUAUCUGCAGGUUCGACCGAUGACCCGUCUUCAUAUAACAAACAGUCAUUUUCAUGAUCCUGGCUUCGAUGAGUACGGUUGCGAAGAAGCCUGAUAUAUAUCUGAUAUGUUGAGACUAGUAGUGCAUGCUACUACUUAGUUGGACGUGAUGCACUCUCGACUGUUCCGAACACAACUAAGCGACCAUACUUCCACCAGUCAAGUUGAGACUGCCUCCGUCAGUAUCACAGGGUUUCAGAUCUUUCAGAGCUUCCACAGGUUUCCACCUUAGCACCCUUGGCGCUCGAGUCCCUCUUAGUAUUGCCUAGAACCUUGUCUAGAGCAUCAGUUCGACGCAAUCAGCCUGAGCAUGUGCAGCAUCACAUCACCAGCGUGGGGAACGGUCCUAUAUGUACCCAUUCUCAGCUG